AUGCCGCCCAUCCAGGGGACGUUCAAGCUCCUCCCUGGCCUCGCCCGUGCAGACGUAAACAAUGGCCCGAUCCGCCCCAUGACCUCGAAGCAGGUCAAGAAGGCCCAUAAAAAAGCUACCGCCCAACCGAAGCUGUCGCGCGCGGAGCAGAGACGUCUCGAGCUCGCGGAACAGGAGCGCAUCCGGAAGGAGUUCGAGAAGGAGAAGGCGGCGGCCAAGGCCCGGGCGGCCAGGGAGCGCAAGAAGCAGAAGGAACUGGCGGACAAGGAGGCGAAGCGGAAGAAAGGGCUGCCCCUUGUGGCUCCGAGGCCGAGUCAGGAGACAUUGUCACGGUUCAUGUGGGGGAAUGGGAGCGGGCUGAAGCGUGAUGGGCGGGGGACAACAGUUGCGCCCGCGCCGAUGGCUGCGGUGAGAGAGGAGUCGGCACAGCCAGAUGAUGAUGCGAGCAAACCUAACGAUGGGGAGGUGGAGGUCAACAAGGAGCCAGCUAUGGAUGAGAGGGGGGAGGAUGGUGCAGAUGUUCAUAUUGAGGAACCGGAGCAAGCACACUCACCAGACGCUGCAUCCCCCAUACCAAACGCAGGCACCGCACAGCCGGAAGAACUACCCGAACUCCAAGCAUGUGAAGAAACUAUACAACCUACAAAUCUUCAUAUCGACGAGCCGGAUGAUUUGGGUGCCCCAAGGCUGAGCCCACUCGCGCAACCUGAACCUCUGCCUGAGGUACAUGAGGGGAAAGAACAUUCACAGACCACAGAUUCUCGUGUUCAAGAGCUGAUUCCAAAAGGUCCACCACAACCAACAGGCCCUAGGCCAAGUAUUAGCAUUGGCUAUCAUGAAUCUCUGCCUGUGGCCCCAGGGGAGGGGGAGGCUUUGAGGUCUGCAGCAAGCGAAGGGAGCUUCAUCCUGGGAUCCUCAGAUAUGAUCGACGAUGAAUCCUUGCUUGAAUUAACCGAAUCCUUUGAACCCAAACCCGUAUCAGAAGGGCAGAAAAUCACAGCCCUAUGUCCGCAAAAUGCAGCAACUUCAAUCCCCGAAACAAAGAUACCGGACAACUUGCCAGACAACCUCCCCGAUAGUAUCCCCGACGAAGCCUCAAACGAUUUAGCUGUUGGGGCAAUCACACAGUUAUUCCACGAUAUGGAUGAUGAUUACGACUACGAAAUGACUGGGGAUGGGAUAAUAGAAUCGCACGAAACCCCAUUGGAAGAAGCAGCGCUGCCCCUCCCAGAACUUCACGAUGAUGAAACGAAACCCGAAGCGAUAUCUGAAGACCAGGUUUCGCCGCUACCACAGAGGAGUCAGAGACGCGGACUAGAGAGGAAAGUUUCCAGCUUUUUUGGGAGCGAGUUAGACGAUGAAUUGCUCUUACAACUGGAGUUGCCCGGCGAUGUUGCUGUAUCUCAACGUUGCCAGCCGGUAGAGAAGCCGCCGCAACAGGAGUCUCCCCCGAAACACAACCAUAACAUUGGCAGUACCGGCCACCGUAGCACACCAAGCUCACCCUUAGCUCCACGUCAACGACCUCCUCCAAGCACGCAAGCCAUCCUUCUCAACCUCGAUGACUACUUACCUUCUUCUACGCAACUAGCACUGGAACUCAACGAGGAUGAUAUUGAUGAAGACAUCCCUGCGGUUGAAGCUACCGAGCAGGUAGAACAGCACCCACCAACUCCACAUCAGCCCCCCUCAUCUGCGAGCAGACCGAGUGCGCGGCCGACAAAUGCUGCUUCACACAGCACUGGCCCGCCUGUUCGACCACAGAAGCGAUUCUUUAGCUCCUCUGGUUCUAAUGAGUCGUUACAUCUCGCACUACAUCUUAGUCGGCGCACGGCCGCUCUCGAGGGUAUCCGCAGGAGUGACCAGCGACGAGUCGAGGCUGGUUUUCUUCAAGAUCAAAGACGAACGAUAAGCCAGCCGCCGAGGCAUCAGCACAAGAGACCAAAAAUACCCAGCUUUUCCACGAAUUAUCAAGUGAAACAUAACCCGCCGGUGCAGAGUGUUACGAGGACAGCGAAGACCACGACUGAUGAGACACCAAAACCAAGCCCCCAUAACCCCACAAAGGGAAACCAAAGCGUCAGGAACGAGCACUCGAGCACGAAAUCAGCAGUGGAUAUCAAGGGAAUUGAUACAAACAAGGAGAAUAUACCGCCGGAAACGGUGGCUGAUGACCUCUUGGGCUCCGGCCUGCCAGCUUCGCAGGAGACGGAAUAUGGUGGCGCUUGGAUGGACGACAUUGGGUUGGAUUUGGUUAUCUGA